AUGGGACGAGGCGGUGGCGGUGGGGGUGAUGAUGGUGGUGGUGGUGGGGAGGAUGGAGGUGAGGUCGGAGAUACGACUGGGGAAGUGGACGGAGGAACCACUGGGGGGGUGGAAGGAGGUACGACUGGGGGAGUGGACGGAGGAACCACUGGGGGUGUGGACGGAGGUACCACUGGGGUAGCGGACGGAGGUACAACCGGGGGUAAGGAUGACGGCGGCAAGGAUGGGGCUACGGGAGUUGAAGGUGGAGAUUCGAUAGGCGGGCGUAGCAGGUGGAGGUGAGGACGGAGCGACGACCGGAGGGGAGGGGCUGUCAGUUGGUGGAGGAGGAGAUAGGGGUCCUUCGGAUUGGCAAGAAGCCAAGUUGACGAAUAGAAGGUUCACCUUGUUGUCAUCUUGGCAGCCAUGAUGACCUUGUUGUUGGGUGAUUCAGAGGCGGUGUUGUGCUGGGCUUUAUAGAGAGGGGAAGGGAAGUCCUGAAUGCGGUGUGCUGAAGUCCCCCUUUGUGAAGGUUAAACUUGGAAUUAAACACUUGGUUUGACACGAAUCCUACUGGGAAUGGUCGUUUGAAAGAGACUUGUUUCUGAUGACCUGUAGUCGCGACAUUUAUUCACCGUGCACUGUUAAUGGGAUUGUGACUUGCAACCGAAUCCCACUGCAACUAGCAUUGGUUUCAUCGCCAGCUUGUCUCGGGUCAGCAAUUCGUAACGAAGUUUUGAACUUAACGGGUGAAAGUUUGCCUUUAACAGAAGUUUGACAAUCCACAAAGAAAUCUCAGUCAUUUAGCUAGGCGUUGUUUGGCGUCGAACAGUCGUACAAUGCAAGGACUUUAACCUGAGAUCGCGGUGUGGCAGAAAGUAUAAUUUAAGAUGGAAUUUAAACGGUCAAUUUGGUGUGCGGGUCUGCAUCUGUUGUCCAGAUCGAACGUCCGUCUUCUUUCAUUCAUGAGGUAUUCAGAUUUGGAGGAUUUUCUACGUCUGGCGUCUGGUUGCCGGUUUGAAGGGCAGAAAGCCCCGCCUAUUAAUUCUUUGGCACUCUGAACCUUGUUGAUUUCUGGGCAGGUGGAGACGCUUAGCUAUAGACUUGUGAAGAGAACACGAUACGCACGAUUUUCUACUUCCGUCCGUCAUAUGUUCAGAGCUGCCAGUUGACAAAUUACGGCUACAUCGUAAUACGUACAAGGCUAAAUAGGGAUGGAGGUUUCGUCAACUUAACUGCCACAUGGCAUUUAGUUGUAAUUUCUGGUUGGAAGAAAACAGUAGAUGCGUUUCCAUUUUCUGGUUCGAAAUUCCACCGGGACAGAUACAACGAAAGCGAUGUUGUUACUUCCAUUGUGAUGCAGGGUGUUGGGCCUGUAUCUCCGCACCAGAUACACUAAAUAGAUCAACGAUAAACAAGAAGUAGAGUAAAAUACAGAUAUAUAAGGUCACACCACGGCAUGCGAGAGAGAAAAAAGUUGUAACACAGGAAAAGACCACAAGAGAAAAGAGUUGCCCCCACAGACGGAAGUUUCAAGUUCGUUACAGCGUUGGUCAACUCUGCACAUGCCGCGAUAUCUUAAGAGCUGCACUUUUGCAGUUCUUCAACCUUAACAGUGACUAAAAUUUAUAUAUUGUAUCUGAUGUCAAGGAUAUGCCGGAAUAAAUAAGGAAAAGACAGAUCCAGUCGACCCUCGGUGAUCUGUGAAAGCCAACGUUGACGGUGUACAUUAAUGUGAAUAAUUAAUUCCAUAAUUAUUCCAUAGGUUCAUCUCGAUUUCCGAAGUUUAUUACCAUGAAGAAAGUUACCAAAUGCCGAUAACUGAAAUAGUUGUAGUUUAACGAUUGUCCGUGUUGUCAAAGACAUUUUGUGCUUUUCCUUAAACUUCUGUCUAAAAAGGCGGCUUUGAAAUGGGUAUGUCAUGUACUAAUUGUAGAGAGGAAAAAAGCGAGUCGUGACGUUCCCAAUGAUGGGUUGGAAGUUAACAACUGUGGUUGUUAGAACUCAUGAAUUGCACUAAUCUACCAUUGAUUUUGAAUCUCAUCAGUGGUAUGGUACCUACCAACCCAAUUACAUAUAUUGAAUAUUUUGCUGCUUAUCCACUAGAAAGUGAUCCUAUGGUGAAUAUGGUGCAUUCAAUAUUUUUCAAAGAAUUCGGCUCAACAAGGGAUUUAAGUCUGUGAAAUGAAUUUUGAUACCUUUGUGUGCAUUAGAAUGUUCAUGCAAUGCCCUCCCAUUAUUGUGUUCGUUCUCAUAUUAUUUACACAUCUUAUGGGACUUCCUAUAACUUUCAUUAAAAUGUUUUCUGUUUGUGAUUGUUCUUUUGCUUUCAACAGUUUUCUCUAUUGAAAUUUGAAUCGGUUUCAUAGUGUGCUCUUUUAUACGUGGUUCAAUCCAAAUAACUCCGCAUUACAUCUGCCGAUUCUUUAUACGAGAACUCUUGGAAAAACACGUUUUGAUUGUACCUUAUUCCACGGGUAGUAUGCUUCUGUUCUGUAAAAACACAAUGGUUUGGUUUCCCCUGUAACUUUAAUUUUGGCAGAUGCCCAUCAUCGGGCCCCUUAGCUCAUCAUGGUGACAGUGUUUGGUGAGACUAAGAAUCGAGAUUAAACUAUAUCAAUGGCAAUCGACCUAGAAACGGAUAUUUAUCAGGUGUUCUACUGAAAGGCUUGAAAGAUGACAAUUUUGCAUUCUGCUGGGGGGAGUCGUAUUAAAAUCGACCAUCAUGAGUCUGUAGGGGGAGGAAUGGAAAAUGGAUGGUAGGCUGGUGGGUACGGGUGAGACCACUGUGGAAGAAUGAUUUCCACUUUCAGGAGUCUAGACAUGGUAAGAUUCCUGACUCCUCUUGAACGUUAAUAUUAAAUGAAUAAAUAAUUUGGUUUGCUUUUGCAGGUGUAUAGACGAUAUCUAUUUUUUUUUUAAUUUUAUUAAGGACAGUAAUGCCCCUUGGAAGUGUUUCAUUUGGUUCGUUCAAGACAUGUUGAUAAGUUUUCACGAGCCUCAAUUGACGCAGUUGAGUAUCCAAUAUAAUGUCCUUGGUUCGGUAGUCAGAAGAAUUCACCAUGGGUCCCGUUUGAAGGUCCGUUGGGCGGUCUCUUGUCUCCCUGAUGACGCUAAAACCAGCUUUUCUGCGUUUCGUACGAUGCAGGGCACGUUUCUGGACAUUCCGGAGCAGUAAUAUCCUUCCGGAAAUCGGAUUUAAGACUGAGCCAUGUAUGGUAGGAUUAGCGUUCGGGGUCAACAUCAACCGUCCACCUCUCACAUCCGAUCUUUGGUCGUCAACGAGGCAUAGAAGUGUUUAUGAUUUUAAUGUCCGGCAUAAGGUCGUCGUUUUUAUGGACACAAAAGCCACCAAUUAAUCUCUGAAAGUCCGACACCGACAGUAGAAGAUUUGCUUUGACUAUGAACCGAGACGAAGUGUGUAUUGACGUGUGCCGGACGUGUGCAGAUUUGUGGGGCAGCUGGAUGUUGUAAUGGUUUGGUUGUAUUUUUAUGUGUUCCAAGUUUCACGACGACAAAUUAUUCACAACUGCAGGGAGACUGAGCCUUUGUUAACUUGAAAACCGGCUCUCAUUCACAUCUCGUAUUUUGUCCUCAGCAACGCUAUCUAUUCGCAAGGAGAAAACUUGAGAUGUCGAGUGGAACGAAAGUUUUUAGCCUGGCUUAGUACGAUCGUUUUCUAGAUUAUUAAAAUGUAAUAAUCGGGGUAUCUCCAACAUGAUGAACUGGAUUUUAAUUUUGUUAUAGACACACUGAAAUUUGCACCGUACGUAAACAUCUAGGGGACUUUAAGGGGCUCGUACUGUUAGAAGAUGUGGAGAACUGAUCAAGGCCCAGAACAGCAGCAGGUGUGCGGACCCGGGCUCAAGAUGCAGAGAAUGCGCGGAUCCAAUAACAGGAUCUGAGAAAGGGGUAUAUAAAGGGCACGAAAGGGGGUUGACGGUAUCGAUUUUUGUAUUCGAUCAUUCAUCCGUCCGCCCGCGCCGCGCUUGUCUCACCCGACGGCAGAACGUGGAGAGGAGAGGAGAAAGGGGCUCGCGCGUCGAUCAACAGAGUGACCGACAGCGGAGCGGCAGACCUUCCUCCUUCCCUGUGUUGCGGCUAUAGCUGUGGCGGCGGCUGUUCGGCAGUGCUCGGCUGUCUGUGGCGGUGGUCUGCGGUGACUACGCCGGUAUUUGGUCUUGUUGCUCUCUGAUGAAAUAGUAUAUUGCUCAUGCGACCAUGGACAUAGGAGGUUUUAUCCUAACCACGUAAAUCUCUGUUUUCCCCUUUCCCAUGUUCCUUUUCUCUCUCGUCUUCUUCCCUCUUCUGCUCUCAGGUGCUUUCUUCUGCUGCGUAAGGAGAGGACGCGGCCGGCACGAAGCCGUCGUCCCCAACGCAUACUUCCCAGAUAAAAGUUUUGGUAAUGCUAGGAAUGCGUGUCAUGUCUGGAAGGUCUUGAGAUACUCCGUCAACUUGUCGAACCUUUGGCGGCUUAGGAACGCAUAUAUCGCGUACCGUCAGGCACAAGUUAGAGAAUAGUCGAGACAUUUACGACGAGGUCAGGAAGUUGGUAGGUACUGUUGUCGUAUCCCUACGCCGUUGGUUCCGUACGUUUAGCAUGCUGACGGUUGACCAGAUAUGCGCGCUGAAUAUUUUGCCGGUUAACCAACCAGAAUGCAUAUAUUCGCCGAUUUUGGUGUGUUUAAUAUUUCGACUCCGACGUCGAUACGACUACAACCACGGAUUCACCUCAGUUCUGAGACCUUUUGAACCUUUUGACGUCUUAGAAUACUUCUGUUAUUUCCUCCGUGUAUCGCACUCUUUCCCUCGUGAUUAUGGCGUGAGAAUUCAGAUCUUCUGAACCGGCGACUCGGACGUUUUCAGCUACGACUUUUUUAAAGGACAUCUGACUUAGCCUGCCUGGCGAAGACGUACUUUGGAAGAUCGAAUGAGAUUGUCGCUGUGUCACUGCAGUGCGUUCAAGACUUCGAAUACCAGUUUCGAGCCAUCUUCCCUGUGUAAAUCUAGAGGGAAAGUCAUUGCAGUUCUGAGACCCACGUGUCCAAGACUCUUAUUUCGCAUAGGGUGACAUGUCUUCCAAGUAUGCAAGGCUGAUUUUUUAAAGUCGCAGCGCGUGGAAGACAUUAUGGGAAACUAGCUCCUGCGAUGAUUAUCUAUGAGAUUUUGAGAAAUGACCCACCAUGUUCAUUUGAAAUCUAAUCUGAAUUUAAGGAGUAAAUUGGAUUAUUCUCUUCCGCAAAUGACAUUCUAGGACCUAACUCAUGUACUCAUGCUGUCAAAAAACUCAUGCCGCGAGAACGCAAAUUUGACUUGUUCAAGUUUCGACGUUUCUCUAGGAGUUUGGAAAAGUUCCCUUUGCAGUGGCUCCUUGAAGUCACUAGUAUUAAGUUCUAACUAGAAGGUGUCCGUUGAGUGUAUUGUGGGAGAUUUCACGGCUGUUAGUGGAAGACUAGUUCAGGGGACUGGUGGGAAGAUUAGUGACAGGGCAGUUCUGAUAAACCCAAGCACUAGGAUUAUCACAUGGUCAGUCCCGCGGUAGGGCGAAACUCCUUGUCCAAUGACAGUUCGCAAGGCAUUCCAAGUGGAUUUGGAAGGAAUCGGCAUCACCGAAUGGCACUUCUGGAUUAACAAUAGUUGCCAUAAUGAUGGGUUUGGCUACCUCGAAAAGGGAAAAUAGUCACUCUACAGUACAUGGGAAAAGCACUGUUUAUUCAGAUGUACAUACGAGAAGAACACUUCCCAAAACGACAGAGCCAAUUUACAAGGUAGCCCUUCAAGAAGCUAAAUGGAGGAUUCCACAAGUCGUGUUCCUGACAAGUCCGUAACAGCAAUAAGCUCAUUGUAGACUUUUUCAGCAGUACAUAUGGGAACUCAGGCGCUGACUGCGAUAUCCGGAUAUUACGGCUGUGAUUUAUACUUUCGAUGAUAAGUGGAGUCCUCUUGAUGACACUGGCAUUGCAAAAAGUGCAUUAAUUGCUUCCUUUCCGUUCUGUGUUUUCCCAAAAGUAUGUGUUGCAAUGUAUAGAAUGAACGGUUUUAGGUGUAUGCUAGAGAACGCAUAUAUACAAUGUCUCAUCUGGACAAAUGGGUUUAGCUGCAAGAGCAUGACAUCUCUAGAGGUUUCAAUCUGUUCAUUAAUUAUGGGUAUGCUGACGAAGCCUUUCCUUUCUUGCACAAUUUCUUUUCCAUCUUAUGUUUAAAAGUAUUAUUAUUUCUAUUAUUCAUAUGGUGAAAUAUUUAACUGCCCAUUCGAUAGGUACACUAGACUUCUUCACUAGCCAAACUGCUAGUCCGCAUUGUCUUUGCUAUUCCUGUGCUAUCUUAAGUAAUUGAUCAUUUGAUAUAUGAAAAUAGUUUGAUAAAGGCGUUCUGCCAGGAUUCGUAACCUCCAUGUUCAAUGUGCAGAACACGUUUUCAACAUAGGUUUUUUGCAUGGUCUCAAGAAACCAAUAACUUUGUAAUAAUUGAUUCUCAUCUUGAGAAUAUUCUUUGCUACCUCCGAGUCCAUAUUAAAUAUCUUUUCGCCUCCAAGUCCUCCAGCCCUCUCCAUUGAACAGUGAGUCAGCACUUAAAUCGAAAGGUGAGGCUGGUCCAAACAGGCUAAAUUCGACAGUCCCACUGUCCUAUGAAUAAUCAUAAAUGGCUCUAAGUCCCACCAGAUAAUUACAAAUAAAUCGGGGGUAAUGACAAAUUACUCAAACAGGAUACAUGAUGAAACAAAAGACUUAGAAUCUAGAAAUGAUCAAAAAGUGAAGCCGAAAUAAUGCGACCUAGCUGUUUUAAUCUUAUAUAGAAUGUUACGAAGAUAAUGCCACUUUGAGAUUAUGCCAACCUUUUCUAAAGUCUGUUGUCCCGAGAUAUGAAACUGUUGACACCGUUAAAUGUCUUUUAACCAUCUAUUAGAUAUGGCCUGUAUGGUCUGGGACCGAAUUUCUUCGAGCAAUGAAAGAGUCAGGGAAAAGAUUAAAACUGAACAAAUGAACUUGCGAUUCUCGUCAUCAUACAUGGAUGAGUCCGUUGAAGGCCUUUUCUUCCGCUCCUAAGAAAGGUUCUGGAGAUGUCUCCAGAACCUAUUUCUAUAGCUUUGUAGAUUAUACUCAAUAUUUUGCUACAUAUUUUGAGGAAUUAAAAAUACCUUUUACAGUUUUCUUAGUAUGAACAGAAAUAAAGAUAGUGGUAACUUUCUGCGUUGCGUUUGACUGAAUCUGUUAGAUGUCUUUAGUUGCAUCUUAUAUAUGGGAGCCGCAAAAUUACAUAAACUUGCCAUUCUUUCUAAUUGCUACCAUUUGCUAAAUUGAAAGUUGAAAAAAAUUAGAUUAUCUACUAUUUUAGUUUCAUGAUCCUUAUGAUAAUCUUAUGCGUAAUCUGUAACUUUACACUUUCUUUCGGAAAGCCAAACGUUAGAACCCCAGAUAAGAGAGGACAGAGUUCUUAGACUAUCAAUAAUUGUUAACGUAGACCCAGCAAUUGGCAAAGUUCUUAUGCGUGCGCUGGAUCGUACUUAAUGUUGAGUUGUUUCAGGUGAAGUAUCCUUUCACUUAAUAUAGACAAAGUUCUCAGGUGAAGAAUCCUUUCACUUAAUGUUGAGUUGUUUGAGCUGAACACCACGUAAAAUAGACCACACUAUGAGGCCAAUUCAAAUUUCAAAUGAAUAGAAUGUCGAAACCAAAACAAAUGUAAAAAAAGAAAACCCUUUUGAAUGAAAUUUAUGGCUACUCUCAUCAGAUGCCUAAAUCAUAUGAGAAAGAACACAAUAAUGGGAGGACAUCGUAUGAACAAGUUAAAACACAAAAGGAUAUCGAAAUUCUUAUCACAGAGCUAAAUCCCCAGUUGAGCCAAAUUCUCGGAAAAAUAUUGAAUGCAGCAUAGUUACCAUAGGAUCCAUUGCCAGUGGAUAAGCAGCAAAAGAGUCAACGUUGAAAAUUGGGUUGGUAGGUACCAUACCACUGGCAUUAUACAAAUAAAGUGUGUAGCCUGAACCGUGAGUUCUAGCCAACACUGUUAUGAACUUCCAACCCAUCAUUGUGAAUGUCACGACUGGCUUUUUACCUCUCUACUAGUAAUACACACAUACCUUUAAAGCCACCCCAUUAAGCAGAAGUUUAAGGCAAAGUACAAGAUGUCUUUGACAACACAGACAAACGUACAGUCACAACUAUUUAAAUAAAAAACGUUUGGAAACUUUCCUCAUCCUAAUAUAGUUCGGAAAUGGAGAUGAGCCUGUUCUAUAAUUAUGCAUUAAAUUCUUGAUAUUAAUCUAUGAAGUCAACAUUUGCCUUACAGAGAUCACCAAGGGUGGACUGGGUUGGCCUUUUCCUUAUUUAUUCGAUCAUAUCCUUGUAACUCGAUAGAGUGUAUAAACUCUGAUCACUAAUAAGGGUGAACACCUUGAAAAUGCAGCUAUUAAGGCAUCAUUGCAUGCCCUGAUGAAAGAGAUUAACCUACAGUGUAAUGAGCUUGCAGCUUACAUCUGUGGGGCACCCUCCUCUCGUGUGGUCUUUUCCUGUGUUGCAUUUUUUUUUUCUUUCUCACAUGCUGUGGUGUGAUCUUUUCUUCCGUAUUUUAUCCCGCUUCUCGUUUAUCGUUUAUGCAUUUAAUGUAUAAAUGUCCAAGUGGUAUCAACGUCCUGCAUCACAAUGGAAGUAACACCAGCAUUUUCGUUGUAUUUGUACUCGUCGAAUUUUCCAACCAGAAAAUGGAAGCACAUAUAUGGCCUUUUUCCAACCAGAAAUUGUGACUUACUGAGAUGUGGCAGCUAAGUUGGCUAACUCUCCAUCCCCAUCCUCUAUGUUGCCCUAUACUUAUUGCGAUAGCCUUAAUUUAUGAACUUACAGCUUUGAACGCAUGACGGCAGAACGAAAUCAUGCGUAUCAUGUUGGCCCCACAAGUCUAUAACUAAGCGUCUCCAUCAGCACAUAUCGUUCAAGUUCGGAGUGCCGAAGAAUUAAUAGGCGGGCUUUUCAGCCGUUUAAGCGGCAAACACACGCCAGACGUUGAAAAUCUGUCAAAUCUCAGUACCUCGUCAAUGAAAGAGGACGUUCUUGCUGGAAAAUAGAUGUAGGCCCGGCACAUCAAAUUGAGCAUUUAACGUUCGCCUUAAAUUAGUCUUCUUCGCCAACCGCAGUGUGUCAAGCGAAUGUCCGUACGAUGUAGGAGUGUUGGACACCAAACAUCGCCCCGCCGAAUGGCUCAAUUAUUCCAUCGUUGAUUCCCAAACUACUGGUUAAGGCCAACCUUAGCCCGUUAAUUUUCUGAACUUCAUGACAAAGUCUCUCUGAUGGUCUUAAUUGUUGACCCCGCAUAAGCUUACGAUGAAACCAAUGCUGAUUGUAGUGGGGGGGCCCUCUGUUCGGUUCGGUUGCAAGUCAUAAUCCUACUAACAGCGCACGCCGAAUAAAUAUGGCAACUACAGGCCAGUAGAUACAACGCUCUUCCAUACGACCAUCUCAUGUAACGAUCGUGCCAAACCAAGUGUUUAAUUGAAUUGCAAGUUCAACAUUCACGAAGGCGGAAUGUUGAAAUAAAGAUAGUGGUAACUUUCUGCGUUGCGUUUGACUGAAUCUGUUAGAUGUCUUUAGUUGCAUCUUAUAUAUGGGAGCCGCAAAAUUACAUAAACUUGCCAUUCUUUCUAAUUGCUACCAUUUGCUAAAUUGAAAGUUGAAAAAAAUUAGAUUAUCUACUAUUUUAGUUUCAUGAUCCUUAUGAUAAUCUUAUGCGUAAUCUGUAAUUUUACACUUUCUUUCGGAAAGCCAAACGUUAGAACCCCAGAUAAGAGAGGACAGAGUUCUUAGACUAUCAAUAAUUGUCAACGUUGACAUGGCUUUGUUAUGUCCAUAUUUUUCUUGUCCGUGCAGAUCCUCUUUUUCCCAUCCCUAGGCUCAAGUUCCCAAAUCUAUUAUACCUUCAAAUCCAAUCGCAAUUUGUUGAGGCAGCGAUGACGAUGCCUCACGAAUAAGCCUUCAGAUUUGUUCAUGCUGAGACCCAUGUUGACCCUAUUCAAGAUGCAUUCAUGUUCUGAUAGAAGCAGAGUACGUAAUAAUCACCAAGUAUGAAUGUACCAAAAGGACCAUGAAGAAAUAUACGGCUAAGACAUAAUACAGACAUAAAUUUAGAGAAGAUGAUAGAGCGCAGUUUAAGUGACUUGAAUAAAUCCUUCACCGUCCAUGGAUAGAGCUGAAGAGAACUUUUUACAGAAUACAAAAAGAGAACCUUACAAGACGGUUGGAUCUGUUUAUCUCGUCUUCCUGGUCUCUAUGAUGUGCUCUGGACAUACCUUCUAAUCCUAAAUGAGGCGCAUCCACUCUAAAUAUACGAAGAUCUAACUCCCAACUUCUCAAUAAGCCAAAUGCGAAAGAGAAUGCAAAAAGAAAAAAAUGGAAUGACACACGCCACUCCACUUUAAAUAGAGGAUGAGAGGGAGGAACGGAUAUGAGCACUUAUGUUUCUAUAAAUAAGGAAUGGCCUGACUAGUCUGACAAUUUAAAAAACUUAUCGAUAUUGGGCUUGUUAAGACAAUGAUUAAUAAGAUCCUCGAUUAAGCUGCUCGGCUCAUCACCACCUAUCAUACUCUGGACCAACGUAGAGUAGAUGAUUAUGGGAGCUUCAGCACUGAGAACCUUUAGAUAUAGGUUGGGAAAUAGGCAGAUUGAGGUAGGAGAAAAUAAUGCUAACAACAUUAAGCAUUGACCAAUGCCUCAGUGUUGCUCUGGCGUACAAAUAUGUUCUUGUCUGAAUCACAUGAUUACUAGCCAAGCCUCCUUGGGAAGGAAUAUAAUCAAAGCAACAUUUAGAUAGUGAAUAAUGCAAAAUGCUGGUCGGGUAGCUUGUUUUUUAAAGAAAACACUCAAGAAUUGUUUUUAAUCAUAUAUACAUCUCUGUUCACUUAAAUUUAGAGCGAAAUAUAUGAUGGAUAAGACUAUCCACAUCUGAUCUAUGAGUAGUACUACUUAUUAGAGAGUUAAGUGCAUAUUAUUAGGGAGUUUAUAUUAUGUGAGUUACGAGGCAACAAAGUGACAUUGUACGGGAUCCUGCAGGACUAUAAACCUAACUGAUGCCUCGAAUCAAACUUAGAAAAAAUACAAGAACGAUCAAACUGGGAAAGUAACAUGACCAAUUGGUAACUUGGUAAUGUAAACAUUAUUCCACGAUUUUUCCAUGCUGGUAUGUGAAUUCGGCAUCACUUCAGAGAGAGAUACAUAAAUAGAGGCUGAGCUCUACAAAAAGCACGAGGGGAAUGCAGGCGGCCAGCGCACCUGAGCCCUACAAGGGACUUGACGUCAAUGCUCCCAGGACACUACACACACAGAUGUGCUAAUUUUCCUUUUUUGGAGGGUCAUUCUUUCCUUAAGGCGAGAUAUUAAAAUUCUAGCUUUGAUUAGGGUAUACACAACUAGUAAAGCACACCGGUCAAAAAUUGAGAUGCGCAUGUGCAGAGUGGAAGUAGAGUCUGGAGGAAACCGAACUUGGAUAUCUCUAAAAUGAUAAAUCUUAUUAGAUGUGUACUAAAAAAUGACAGUUAUUAAAAUGAAUGAAGCCGUUAAUAAACUGAUAAAGCAUAACAUAAUUUGGCCUAAUGGUUGACAUAUAAAAAGCCAAUUUGAGCCUUUCUCUAUUGGCCUCUAUGUGGCGGUAUGAUACAUAGAAGGGCGGGGGGGGGGGCGGGGGGGGCGGGGGGAGAAUUACCUAUAGCUUUUUUAUUGCCUAUAUUGAAUCUUUAUACAAUUAUAUCCCAAGAAAAAUCCAAAAGAAAGAUCAUACCUCAAAGGAAUUUGUUUUGGAUUUCACAGCUCUAGUUUACUUGAGAUCCCUCAAAGUUUCUUCAAAUUAUAGGGCUCUAGUUUGUCCAAAACAGAGAAAUAGUACUUCCCACUUCUCUCUGCUUAGACUUCAGGCUCUAAACUAACCAGAUUUCUCCAAAUUGAAUAUAAAUCUGAGGGAGAAAAUUGACCAAUUCUUGAUGAUUCUUCGCAUGCUCGAUCUUCUCCUUGUUUGGAUUAGUUAAAUGGAAGCAUUGAUCAAGUUGAUGCUAGCUUGAGCUUUUGAUGACAAAUUUGAUCAAUUUGAUAUUGGUUGAUCUGAGGAGGACAUUCUAGUGCUCUUUAAUUAGGCCUUGAUUUUGAGAUGGAUACAAGAAAAUCAAUUUGAGGUAUGUUGUAGGUGAAGAAAAAAUAACACUCAGUUUCAUGAUGGGUCGACCUAGAGAUGGAAAGAUGACGAUUGAUUUGAGGCCGGGACAAUGAAGAUGAAAUAUCGUUCGCUUUGAUGGAUGCUUGAUCUUGAUCCGAAGACGAAGUCGAGCAUGGUCAUUUUAUCCAGACUCGAACUGAAUGGAGAUGUCUUGACGAUUCGAUACAUGCUCGACUAGUUUCAUUCUAGGAGUCUGAUCAGAAGCCGGAGGCCAAUAGUCUCUUGAUGCUGCAGAGUGCAGGAGAUAGGGCAUUGAGCUUUCUUCUAUGCUUGAAAGUCCGCACCAAUUUCUUGUGUUAACUUUUUCUUACUCCCGCUUUUCUUCAUUUCCCCCUUUUUUCACGAUCAGCGAUCGCUCAAUAAAAACCAUCAGGAUUAGCAUUUUAGACCGAGAUGCUGGUAUUUAUAUUUUCGCCUGUACGGGGCAGAGAAAGGACCGUAUAUGAAACGGACGGCCAAUGCUCUAUUUAUCUUUCGGAUCCAAGGCGGUACAGCAGACAAAUUCGUUUGCCCAUAUGGCCGACCAUCUGUGAACUUUAGAUUCAUGCAUUGUCACGGACCAGUGUUUCGAAUUUUGUUCAGAUCCAAUAAUGUUAGCAAAUUCAACUUAAAUUUCAUUUAAAUAACAGAUCGAACCCCAUUAGUUUGAUUUAAUACUCCUUAAAUUCAUGCCCAGUAAUUAAAAAAUUCUCUUCGUUUAACGAGAAAUAAAUAUACAUAAAUUACAAGAAUAUUCCACACGAUUAUCUUGUAAGUAGUAAACAAAUGUAAACACACAAAUGACCUCAUUCAAUUAUAUUCUAUUAGAAAUACUUAAGAUCUCAUGUAUACAUUUUUCAUUCUAAGGAAAAUACCUAAAAUAUCCUUCAUCACUUAUGGUUAUCAUCAAAACACGUAAAUCAUCACAUUUACCGUCCAAGAAGGAAUUCACUGUACUACCUAUACUAACGGUGAUGAAGUUAAGCAGCAUCUCGUCUGUUGUCGUGGAUUACAUUAUGCCGUUAAAGAUGAGUAAAUGACCUCAUUGCAAACAUUUUUCUAUAUGAUCAUAUAUCUGCAUGUCAAGUAAAAGUUGUUACCAUUCUGGACUAGUAUGCCCAGCAGUUUAACUCGGGAAAAUUAGAUCUUUUCAGUUAACAUUUGUGUUUCACAAGGGGAUCUCAGUCAUCAAAACACAAAAUAAUACAAUCAAAGUCAUUCAUAGGUCUCAGUGGAGAAGUGUAGACAUUCUUGUCCAAGAUAAAUAGAACACUAUGGUGUUGUAUUUAGUAUUAUGAUUACCUGGUUCAUUAGAUGUAGGAUGGUAUGUCUUGUCCAACAUGUGAAUUAUUACCGAAUCACACUGAGACCUUAUUUGCACAGCAGGAAAGGAAAGAUCUUCCGCGGUUUAAUUUUAUAAGGAUAUCUCUAAAGAAACAAUACUCUCAUCAUUGUCAGCACUGAUGAAAAAUUGUUUACUCUGGAAGUUCGGAAAUAUAAUAUCGUAGGAGUACAAACCACAGGGAUCACAGCAACGUCAAGGACGGGAGAUAAUUCCUAUGGGUACCAAUUACAAGAUAGACCACCUUCUCAGGAGUAAAGUUUUAAGCGCACGACAACCCAGCAGGCACCGGCCUCCCGCAGAAGUUCAGCAGCAACGCGACGUCCUCGGGAAUCCGCAGAUUAAGGCCGAGGAACCUGUUCCUGGCGGCGAGGCAGAGGCACACUGGGGCCUGUUGGUUGGAGAGUCUAGCGAUGAGGUUGCAGCAAGCUCCUCUGGGGGGACGCCUACCGCUUACCCGGAGAGCGGAGAGCACCGGAGCACAGAUUCUUAACCCGAUGGCAUCGAUAAGGCAUCUCAGACCUACGAUGGGACGAGGUGGCGGCGGCGGUGGGGGCGGUGGUGGUGGUGGCGGGGAGGAUGGAGGUGGGGACGGAGGAACAAUUGGGGGCGGGGAUGGAGGAAUGACUGGGGGAGUGGACGGGGGAACCACGGGGGGAGUAGAGGGAGGAACCACAGGGGGAGUAGACGGAGGAACCACUGGGGGAGUAGACGGAGGAACCACUGGGGGAGUAGACGGAGGUACGACUGGUGGACUGGACGGAGGAACCACCGGGGGAGCGGACGGAGGUACGACUGGUGGACUGGACGGAGGAACCACUGGGGGAGCGGACGGAGGAACCACUGGGGGGGCGGACGGAGGUGAUACCUGGGGGGGCUGAGGUUCUGUUAUUACGAUUUGGGAAAAAACCGUGGUGACGAAUAGAAGGUUCACAAGAGAGAAAACUGCUGUCGUGGCUGUCGUCUUUGCAGCCAUGACGAGCUUGAUGUUGGGUGAUUCAGAAGCAGUGUUGGACUAGGCUUUUAUAGAGAGGGGAAGGAAGCCUUGAUUGCGUGCUGCUGAAGGAAGCCUUUGCGAAGGUUGAACCUGGAAUAAAACACUUGGUUUGACCUGAAUCCCACUGGGGAUGGUCGUACGAAAGAGCAUUGUACCGGAUGGCCAGCCGUUGUAUUCACCGUGUACUGUUAAUGGGAUUGAGACUUGCAACCGAAUACCACUACAAUUAAUUAGUAUAGGUCUCAUCGGCAGCUUAUCUCGGAUCAGCAAUUAAGACUGCCUGCGGAAAUUAACAAUGAAGUGUUUAAAAUUAGCGGAUGAAAGUUGACCUGAUAUUCAUUUAGCUAAGCAUUAUUUAGUGCUCAACACUGGUACAAUGCACGGACUUUUAGCUGAGAUUGCGGUGUGGCAAAAAGUCUAAUUUCACACGGAAUUUAACUGGUCAAUUUUGUGUCCCAGGUCUACAUCUGUUGACCAGCUCGAACGUCCUAUUUCAUUAAUGAGGUGUUAAGAUUUGGAAGAUUUUCAACUUCUGGCGUGAGGUUGCGGCUUUAAAAGUCGGAAUAACUGGCCUAUUCAUUCCUCGGCACCCUGAACCGGGGCGAUUUCUCUGCUACUGCAGACGCUUUAAAGGGCUGUAAGUCGACAGAUUAUGGCGACAUCGCAAUAAGAAUAAGGCCGCAUAGAGGAUGGGGAUGGAGGUUUAGUCAACUUAGCUGCCAUAUGCUAAUUAGUAGCAAUUUCUGGUUGGAGGAAAAGCAAUACAUGCGCUGCCCAUUUCUGGUUCGAACACUUCGUUACACCCUAGGUCCGCCUCUUCCAACUCCGCAUACUACGACGACUUAACAGCUGCAUUUUCUUAACCUGUUUAACCUUAAUCGAGAUUGGAAUUUAUAUACUCUAUCCAUAA